AUGGGAAAUUCUUCAUCAGGCUACGUGCAGCAGCAUUUACAGACUGCUGAAAAAACUGGGGCUCUCACCCUCUCUGGCAAGAAGUUUGAAAAGUGGCCUGAGGAGCUUUUUCAACGUAAUAUAACCCUAAGGAGCUUGGACAUCUCAGCCAACAAACUCAAAGACAUUCCACAACAGAUCAAGAAAUUUGGGAACUUGAAACAUGUCAAUCUGAGCAGUAAUCGGAUAACAUCUGGCAUAGAAGUUCUUGGAGAGCUGAAGAAACUCGAGCAGAUCAACCUGUCUGCUAAUUCUCUCAGAGAAAUCCCUAGUACAUUUGCUGGUCUUCGCCAUGGUAAUAACAUCAAGGAAUUUCCUCUUGUCCUCUGUGGACUAACAUCUUUGGACUUCCUUGAUUUAUCAAGUAAUGAAUUGACUCAAAUCCCUGAAGGUGUGUCUGGACUUCAGGUCUCAGAACUUAAUGCCAACCAGAAUCAAAUUUCCAGGCUUUCAGAAGACGUGGCUAGAUGUCCACGGUUGAAGACACUUCGCCUUGAAGAAAACUGUUUGCAGCUGGAGGCCAUUCCAAAAGCCUUACUUGCUAGUUCAAAUGUUUCCCUUUUGGCCGUGGAAGGGAACCUAUUCAGCACGAAGGCCUUAUCAGAAGUUGAAGGCUAUGAAAAUUAUACGGAGAGGUAUACCUCCACAAGACGGAAGAUGCUAUGAGCCUAAGGGAAAGUAUUGAUGCUAGUCAGUUCAUUCAUCUUUGGAAUCUGCCAGAAUGUUUAUCUGCAUCUCAUCCAAGGAUCGUUUCUUCAAUAUAUAUUUCAUUCAUAAUAUAUUUAAUGCCAAUUAUGCCAUGUCUUACGUGUAUUUUGAUCCCUCUGCAUGUACUUUUUAUUGAAUAUGCUCCAAUUUUAUUGCUCU